AUGAGUACACCGCCGCGACACUUCAACACCCUGGAACGGGUCACCAGUGCCAGCAGUCGAGUUUUCGCCCAUUCCUUUUCUGAUGCCUCUCCAAUUGCGCAGGCCUCCAUUGCCAGGGACCUUGAGGAGGAUACCGAUUCCGAAGCUGCCGAGUCAGAAUCGGAUUCCGAAAGCUCGACCUUGAGACCCUCAACUUCCGCUCCUGGCGCUGCAAGUGCCUAUUCAUAUAUCGGCUCCUACCGGCGCCCCAGCUUUUCCGGCGCGGGGAAUAGAGCCACUUGUCUCCCCCGUCCCUUUAAGGACCAUGACAAACUGUCCAAGCAAGAAAGAUCUCGCGCCUUGGAAGAAGAGCGGAGCUUACUGCGGGAUAAUAACAUUAUCCCACCCAAGCACCCUCAAGCGGAAGAACCCAGGAGGAAAAGCAUCUUCUCAAACUACUUGGGUAUACCGGGCGGCGACCGCAAGGUCUCCCAAGAUGAUGCUGCAGCAUUGGAGGACGGGACAGGCCUACCUUCUGAAGUCUCGCCUUUGCUGGGCGAUACAGGUCUCCCGUACGGCGGCCAUGGCGACCGCCAGAAUGUCGAGGCCAAGUGGGAAGAAGCUGUGGCUGCUGGUAUGAUCCAUACCACAUGGCAGCGUGAAACAAAGGUCAUCGCUGGCUAUGCUGCUCCCCUCAUGGUCACCUUCGUUCUCCAAUACUCUCUGACCGUUGCAAGUAUCUUCACCGUUGGCCAUAUCGGCAAGGUCGAAUUGGGCGCUGUCAGUCUGGCCUCUAUGUCUGCCAAUAUUACCGGCUACGCCAUCUACCAGGGGCUAGCUACAUCCCUGGAUACACUGUGUGCCCAAGCAUAUGGCUCUGGUCGUAAGAAGCUUGUGGGCCUUCAAAUGCAACGCAUGAUCUACUUCCUUUGGGCGAUAACGAUCCCCAUUGGCAUUGUAUGGCUGCUGGCCGACAAGAUCCUUCUUGCGCUCGUCCCCGAGCCUGAAGUCGCCCGAUUGGCUGGCUUGUACCUCAAAGUCGUUCUCGUUGGCGCACCAGGUUACGCCGCGUUCGAAGCGGGCAAACGCUUUGUCCAAGCUCAGGGCCUUUUCUCCGCAUCACUAUACGUCCUCCUCUUCUGCUCACCAUUCAAUGCGUUCAUGAACUGGUUGUUCGUCUGGAAACUCAAUAUGGGCUUCGUGGGCGCCCCCAUUGCAGUAGCCAUCACGGACAACCUCCUUCCCCUGGGUCUAUUCAUCUAUGUGCGUUUCUUCUCCCGGACCGGCCUGUCGUGCUGGAACGGCUUCACCAAGAAAGCAUUCCAGAACUGGGGGCCCAUGGUCAAACUUGCCCUACCGGGAGUCAUCAUGAUUGAGGCGGAAUGCCUGGCCUUUGAAGUCCUAACCUUCGCGGCCAGCUAUUUCGGCACAACCGUGCUAGCCGCACAGUCCGUACUGGCUACACUAACCUCCCUGACCUUCCAGAUUCCCUUCCCACUCAGCAUUGCAGGGUCCACACGAGUAGCGAAUCUGAUCGGUGCAACGCUCGUGGACGCCGCCAAAGUCAGCACGCGAGUGACGUUCAUCGCGGCCAUUGGAGUGGGCAUACUGAACGUGACACUGCUAUCCAGCCUGAAAGACUACAUCCCGCGGUUGUUCACGUCGGACCCGGAAGUCGUGGAGAUCGUGUCGGCGAUCCUACCACUGUGCGCAGCGUUCCAACUCUUCGACGCACUUGCCGCCGUGUGCAACGGCAUCCUACGAGGCCUCGGCCGCCAGGAGUUCGGAGGCUAUGUUCAACUCUUCUGCUACUAUGUAUUCGCCAUGCCCAUUAGCUUUGGCACCGCCUUCGGCCUUGGCUGGGGCCUGUGGGGUCUCUGGACCGGUGUUGCCCUGGCUCUUGGCCUCGUCGCUCUCAUCGAGUUCAUCUACCUUGGCAGGACUGACUGGCAGCGCAGUGUUGACGAAGCUAAUGCUAGGAAUGCCGAUGGUGGCUAG